UGUCCAAUGAGCGCUCAGGUCCCGCCCCUGCUGGUUGGUGUCAGUGCAUGUUAGGAGGUUACACUCCGGCUUGUGUUGAAGUGAGUUUACGUCCGUUUCUGCGGUAUCUCUUCUCCUCACAGGCAAUAUAUAACCCACCAAAGACCAUGAACAGUUUAAUUAGAUCCACUGCGCGGUGUCUGCGGUCCGGGGUGGCGGCGCACUAUCUGCCCAGACCGGUCGACGGACGCGUGUCGUCGGCCUCGGCCCGGUUCCUGUGCGCGACGGCGGACCUGCAGAAAGACCUUGGCGCGAUGGUGAAGAAGGACAAGGUGGUGGUGUUCAUGAAGGGGACGCCGGCACAGCCCAUGUGUGGCUUCAGUAACGCCGUGGUGCAGAUCCUCCGGAUGCAUGGAGUGGACAACUAUGCUGCGUACAACGUGUUGGAAGACCAGGACCUCAGACAAGGAGUCAAGGACUUCUCCAACUGGCCCACGAUCCCUCAGGUGUAUUUCAACGGCGAGUUUGUCGGAGGUUGUGACAUCCUGCUGCAGAUGCACCAGAACGGAGAUCUGGUGGAUGAGUUGAAGAAGCUGGGCAUUCACUCUGCGCUGCUGGACGCAGAGAAAGAAUCCAAGUAGAGGGAGACGACGGACUUCGAACAGCUGACGAAACAGAGGACACAUUUAACCGGUUGACCCCCCUCCACCCCACAACUCACAACUCUCUAGGCAGCCAUACAGAGUGCAGAUACGAGUAAAAGUGAUGAGUAUAAGCAGUUUUAGUAGCAGCACUGUAUCUUGAGUCAGGGACGUUUACGCUUUUACUAAGUUCCACACCUAAUUUAGGCUGUUAUGCAUAGCUCCUGCUGCACUGCUUAUACUCAAUUCAGGCCCUUAAAUUCUGCACAGAUUUGAUGCAUAACAAGAGUUUGAUAGCUAUCAGCCAUUAGAGAACAGUAUGAAACCGCAUAUAAGAAGAGACAAACACAACCUCAAUUGACCAAAUUCUACAUAAAGAAUCAAACAGUAAGAUAAACAUUAAAUCACAGGCUUCUGGGGGGAUAAAUAAAGCAAUGAACUAACCCACCGUUACCGAGAAUCAUUUCACUGUGUGAUUGAAGUGCUACUGCCUGAGGGCGGCUGUCACGUUUGUCACCUACUGUCCACCUUUUUUUUUUUUUACUGGCCACAGUCAGUUCAAGACCAAAUGACUCCUCAGGGUGCACCGAGACUUUUGUAAAGACCUUUAUAUCACUGCUUGGGUCGCACCAACACAAGCUUGUCAUCACAUCAGAAACCUUCUUAAUUGCACUGCCUGUACUGAAAGGAAGAACAAAAAGGGGACAGUUCUGUUAUUAAAAACAUGCUCAUGAGUGUUGAAUAAAGCAGAUAUGGGUUGAUGUUAAUAUAAAGAUGUGUUAUUUAAUUUCUGUCCAUACGAUUGUAGUGUUGAUAGGUUAAAAAAAAAAAACAGACUUGGACCACACCUCGCUGACCUCGUUACACACAUGCACUGUCAACAUGGCUUUGAAGGAACGAGUAGCAUUGUCCCACUAUUUGUUCUUCCCGCCAGGAACCGCAUUACAAAAUGUGCACCCUCUUGUUUUAAUGUCUACACCCGCUGAAACGCAACAAACGUACCCUGAUACUUUUUACCUUUUUAUUUCUGUUUUCGCUGAAGACGACUGAUUUUUUACAGGACAUUUGGACAAACAGGAGCAGGUAUAUUUAAAGUUUAAUGUGUCUGUCCAAGUCUGUGGUAUUUGUCAGUUUUGUCACCGAGGGAAACGAAUGGAAGUGCUUCUUUUUGUUGUUGUUGUUGUUUGUUUUCUCACUGAGCCCAAGAAUCCCUGACAUUUAUUGAUCACACAUGUUUUAUCUUCUGCUGCACACAGCUGUAUUAUCAAAGCAAUGGUCAUGUAGUACACUGUAAGAUAUUGUACAUUGAAAGCAUAAUAUUAAAUGUAUUUUAGCUGCAUGUAAACCCUACACCAAUUAAAUAUUUUUGUGACACAAAAUAA